UAUUGAUGAGUCGGCGACGUCUGCGCCGGGGGCUGCCCGAAGCCAGGGUGAGGGGCUGGCAGCUCCCCCGGCCCCUCCGCUACGUCAUCGCUGUCCGGGCGGGCAGCGGGCAUGGGGCCGGGGGCGGCGGAGGGCUGAAGGCAGCGGGCAGCAGCCUUUGUACGGCGUGGAGAAGCCGGAGGGGUGGGAGGAGGGUGGCGGAUCCAGGCGCGGAUGGAGCCUCCCCCGGCGCAGGGAUGCUGCUGCUGCCGCCGCCGCCUUCGUCCCCACCGGCAGGGAACGGGGCCCGGGCUGCUGCCGCCGCCGCGGCUCUGAUGCCUUCGGGUUUUCCGUGCCGGCUCCCGGAGCCACGGGGAGCCCUCGCCGGCAGGGGCUGAGCCCAGCGCCCUGCCCCAGCCAUGCAAGAACCGGGGCCGGAGCGGGAGGUGCCCAGCGCGGCCCCAGCUCAGCCGGUAACAGGGCAAAGCGGUUCCCCGGCAGCGGGCGAUGCCACCCCCGCGGCCUCCGCCUGUCCUCAGCUGGACACGCCGAAAGGCGUCGGGGGUGGCGGGGACAGAGCGAGCUGCCCGUUGACGCCUGAGCCGGAGGGGACGGAGGUGCCUCAGCCCCAGGAAGAGUCCCCGGGGCCCCCGCGCUGCCCUCCGACAGAGCAGCAGCGGGGUCGCUCCGCUCCCGAGCUCGUUAGGCCGCUGCGAACGAUGGAAGGGCUCGGACGGGACCGGCAGGACCGACCUCCCCAGAGCGGGGCUGACUACGGCUUCCUGGUGAGCCAGAACACGAAGCUGCUGAGCGCGCUGGAGAGGCUGCAGCACCGCUGCUCCAGCCUGGCCGAGGAGAACAGCUUGCUGCGCAGGAGCUGCUUCCCCCAGACAGAGGAGAAGGUGAAGCACCUGAAGAGGAAGAACGCGGAGCUGGCCGUGAUUGCCAAGCGCCUGGAGGAGAGAGCUCGGAAACUCCAGGAGGCAAACCUCAAAGUCGUCACUGCUCCAAUGCCUCUGAAGGGCUCCAGCCUGGAGCUGUGUAAGAAAGCCUUUGCCCGCCAGCGUGCCAAGGACCUGACCGAGCAAGCCAGCGCUCUGCUGGCCAAGGACAAGCAGAUCGAGGCUCUGCAACAGGAGUGCCGGCAGCUGCAAGCCAAGCUCAUCGCAGGGAAGGACGACCCUCGCUGCCGGAACGUCAUCGAGUUCGAUCGGCUGCUGCGGGAAUCCCAGCGAGAGGUGCUACGGCUGCAGAGACAGAUCGCCCUGAAGAACUUCAAGGAGUACCUACGGUCCUCCAAAAUCACUUCAGGAGGAGCUUUGCCUAGCACCCCUGCGCGCUUGGGGCCACCUGUGCCAAGGCUAAGCACCUGCAUCAGAGGUUCACCCCUACCAAAGCAUGCCCGCCUGGGAGGGGAAGCACACAAAGAGGUGGAACCAAGUGUGCAACCACUGGGACCUGCCUCUGAAGGGCAUGAGAAUUUCCCUCCCAAAAAUGCAGUAACAGACCAAGAGAGCAGCCAACAGAUACAGCAGCUGGAGUUUGAACUCAAGAAAAAGCGCAAAAAAUGUGAAAACCUUGAGCAUGAAGUGAGGAAAAAGCAUAAAAGAUGCAAAGAGUUGGAGAUCCAGCUGCAGGAGGUGCAAAGUGAAAAUGCACGCCUGGCUGAGGAGAACUUGCAGCUGAACCAGAAGGCUGGAUGGGCAGGGCAGGUUGAAUCUGAGAAUGCUGACCUGAAGCUGCAGGUUGUUUUGGUUACCAAGGAAAGGGAUUCAGUAAUUCAGACGAAUCAAGGACUCCAAACCAAGCUGGAGAAUCUAGAGCAGGUGCUGAAGCACAUGAGAAAUGUGGCUGAGCGACGGCAGCAGCUGGAAAUCGAGCACAAGGAAGCCCUGCUAGUCCUGCAGGAGAAGCAGGAGGAAGUCAGACGCUUGCAGCAGGCACAGGCAGAGGCAAAAAGAGAACAUGAAGGAGCAGUCCAGCUUCUGGAGGCUCGGGUGAAGGAUCUAGAAGAUCAGUGCCGCAGUCAGACAGAGCAGUUCAGCCUCCUGUCCCAGGAACUCAAACAAUUCCGCCUUCAGACAGGAAAAAUCGACCUCCUCACCUCUACUUUGGUGACUUCUGAGCUUCCUCAUGCUCUGUGCAGCUCCUCCCCACAGCCCCACUGGGAAAAGGAAUCGACUGCUCCUGGAUUUCUUGCUCACCAGAGCACAAAGAAGGGUCACAAUGAAGAGGUGGAUGAGUUGGAGUCGUUGCAGCUGGUGCCUGAUGCUGCUGUUGGCUCCCCAGUUGCUGCUCCCAGCUGUCAGAAACAAGCCAAGAAAAUGGAAUCUCAGUCAAACUCCUCGAAGUCAGAAUCCAUGCAGAACAGUCCAAAAUCCUGCCCAACCCCAGAGGUGGACACUGCAAGUGAAAUGGAAGAACUGGAUGCUGACAGCAUCUCCCUGAUGCCAGAGCCAGGCAGCCAAGGCCCUGCAAAGCUCCAGGUGUUCUUAGCUCGAUACAGCUACAAUCCUUUUGAUGGACCUAAUGAAAAUCCAGAGGCAGAGCUUCCACUGACUGCUGGAGAGUAUAUUUAUAUCUAUGGAGACAUGGAUGAAGAUGGCUUCUUUGAAGGGGAGCUGAUGGAUGGCCGCCGAGGGCUGGUCCCCUCCAAUUUUGUUGAGAGAGUUUCAGAUGAUGACCUCAUGACGUUUCCACCUUCGGAGCUGAAUGAGCUCACUCACAGCUCCUACCAGGAGAAAAGUGUUGUCAGUGCAAGCCCCAGCAGUGGAGAUAAGAGUGAUUUCUCCAUUGAAGAGAGUAGCAUCAGCCCGUUGGCCAGUAGAGCAGAAGGAGACCAGGAGGAACCUGUUAGUCACACAGCAGUGCCUUACCCACGAAAACUGACUUUGAUCAAGCAGCUUGCCAGAAGCAUAGUUGUAGGCUGGGAACCACCCCUUUUGCCAGCUGGCUGCCCGGAGGUGCAGAGCUAUAACAUCUACGUGGACCAGGAGCUGCGUCUGAACGUCAAGAGUGGCCUCCAGCCCAAGGCGGUGAUCGAGAAGCUGGAUCUGAAGGGCAGGUCCUACCGCGUGUCGGUGCAGGCGGUGACGGAGCGAGGCGGCUCCGACAGGCUGCGGUGCACUUGCUUUGUGGGGCAGGACCUCAGCUUGGCGCCCACCAUGCUGAAGGUCAGGAGUGUCACGGCCACUUCGGCAGAAGUCACUUGGCUUCCCUGCAGCAGCAACUACAGCCACGCCGUCUUCCUCAACGGGGAGGAGUGGGACCUGACCAAACCUGGGGUCUACUGGUACAGCUUCCGCAACCUCCAGCCCAGCACGCACUACGUUGCCAAGCUGGAGGCACGACCCUCGCAGACACCUUGGGAGGAGGUGCCAGAGGGGCAGGAGCAGAACUCGGCUGUGAUACACUUCACUACCCCACAAGCAGGCACACCUGAUGCUCCUUUGGAUGUCCAGGUGGAAGCUGGUCCCUCCCCAGGUAUCCUGGUGAUCAGCUGGUUGCCUGUCACCAUCGAUGCUGAGGGCUCUUCCAACGGGGUUCGUGUCACAGGCUACGCCGUGUAUGCGGAUGGACGGAAGGCAAUAGAAGUUACUUCUCCAACAGCUGGCAGUGUGCUGGUGGACUUGUCCCAGCUUCAGAUGUUCCAGGUGUGCAGGGAGGUGUCGGUGAGAACCAUGUCCCUGUAUGGGGAGUCUGUGGAUUCAGUUCCAGCUCGGAUUUCCUCGGUCUUCCUGCGAGCCUCUCAGUGCCCUGCCCCGUCAGAUUCUGCUCUCUCUACCACUUUUACCUCCAGAGUGCCCCGUGGAGACCCCAGGGGCUGCCUGCCUGCACGCAGCCCAGCCUCACACCUGCUCAGACAGCAAGUUCCCUCGGAAAGCUCAGAUGCCAAAUUGACUGAUCCCUCCUCCAGCUGCCACAGCUCGGCACCAGCGCUGCCAGAGAAAGCCUCUUUGCCACCGCACCUCUCCUCUCCCAGUGCUUCCUUGGUGCAGGCUGUAGGCACUGCCCCACAGGGACUGGACACUGCACAAGACCAGAAAUGCCUGACUCUGCCUCCUCAGCAAGCUGGCAGCUCAGUGCCAUCCCGGCAGGGCAUGGAGCCUUCAAGAGAAGCAGAACUGCAGAGCCUGAGCAAAGGGCUGAAGGUGCAGGUGGAGCAGUCUGUAACCAAAGCAGCAGAGCUGGAAAGUCCAUCUCACAGCAGCCUGAAGCUGCAUGUGGAGACCUGCCAUGCAUGCUCUGUGGAAGAGGCACCUAAAGGGCCCAGUGCUGAAGGAGAGAAAGAGACAAAGGAGAAGCACUUGAGCCCAGAGCCCCUGCCCUCCCCUAGCCAGGCUGAGGGGCCGGAGGACACCUUCCAAGACUCAGGCAUGGGUGGGAACAGCUGCCAGGAGUUCCUGAAGUUGUCCCCUGGCAAGGAGGUGAUAAAAGAAAUGUCCAGAGUGAAGAGAGAGCAGGAAGAAAAGAUGUCUGAGAUGGGGAGACGGCAGCUGACCCUCUUUGCUGAGCACAGCCGGAGUUCUGACCUGUCAGACAUCUUGGAGGAGGAGGAAGAGGAAGAUGAACUGUCUUCAGAAGCUCUGGAAGAGAAGAAGUGGGACCAGAGAGAUUCAGGUUACCAGGAGAAUGGGGAAAAGAUGGAUCUUUGUGAUACUGACAGCGAUGAGGAGAUUCUGGAGAGGAUACUUGAGCUGCCGCUGCAGAAGACCCACAGCAAGAAAUUGUUUAGCAUCCCUGAGGUGACUGAGGAUGAGGAUGAAGAGGAGGAUGAGAAGUGUGUUACAGAGGGAAAGGCAGGUGCUCAAGACUCCUCGGAAACGCACCCCCACCCUUCAGGAGGGACGGAGAAGCCACUCCACAUCAAGGAGCCCUUUCAGAAGGCGGAUGGCAGUGACAGCUGCGCACAUCUGGCUCUGCGGGAGGAGCGUGGUGCUCGGGAGAGCAGAGGGGAUGCUGGCCCUGCGAACCCUGCCCUUACCCAGCUGGCCUGGAGCCAGAAGAAGGCAAACUGGAGCUGCCAGGAGAACGAUCCAAAGUCUGGAAGCGGGUUGAAUCCCACCUGGAGCAAGAAGAAAGGCAGCAGUUACCAAGAGAAGAGCCGGGGCCGGUCUGAGAUGGGUAGGAAGAGACAGAACGAUUCGACGGAGCACUGCAGUCGCCUGCUGGGCAACUGCAGCCAGAUGGGAAGUGGCUUAUACAGAGCUCCUAGCCUCAGGGAGGAGCUGAACGUCGUGAGCAGUGCUGGCGGUAAGGAGGGGUUUGAUGUGUACAGCCGGGCCAGGCAAGGCAGCUUACGGAAAAACCACCCCAAGGCAGCGGGUUCAGGGUUUGCAGAACCUGCCGGGAUGGCCACAGGCUGCUGCAGCCCCAGGAGCCUGGAGAUAGACAUCGAGUAUGACUCCGAAGAUGACCAGGAUUCGACCUGUGCAUCCCCCCCCGAGAGCAGGCGGUGGCCAGAAAGGUCCCAGAGCUGCCAGGGGGACUGGAGCGAUUGCUCCGAUCGAUCUGAGGUCGCCCACACGGAUGGCAGAAGGGAGCUGACCAGGCUGGAGAUGCUGGAAGAGCAGAGCAUGGAGUGGGCUGGCUCUCCGCGCCAGCGCCUGCGAUACUUGAGCCGGGAGAAGGAGGCGCAGAGAUGUGAGAGCAGUUCUGAGGAGCAGGGCUGGGAGCUGGACUGUAAGUCACCUGGCUGGAGAAGGAGGCUCCAACAUCCUUCGAAGGGGAUACGUAGCACCUCCUUGCACAAAAGGGCAUCCGGUAGUAAAGAUCCUAGGGGAGAAACUAAGAUCCAGGAGCUGCCUGGCACGGCUGCCUGGCAGGGUCCCAGCCGAAGAGUGAGCAAGAGCAUAAGAAGAGGCCAAAUGCAGAAACCUUUGCUCUCCAGUCCAGAUCCUCCAAGGAGCACUGCUUCAGAAACCUGUGGUAAAGAUGAUGGUGUUAGAAUAUUUGUGGCUCUCUUUGACUACGACCCUGUUUCCAUGUCUCCUAACCCUGAUGCAGCAGAAGAGGAGCUUCCAUUUAAGGAAGGACAAAUCCUGAAAGUGUUUGGAGACAAGGAUGCUGAUGGCUUUUACAGGGGGGAAUGUGCAGGGAGGGAGGGAUACAUUCCCUGCAACAUGGUGUCAGAAGUCCAAGUGGAGAGCAGUGAAAUCAAGAAGCAGCUCCUGAAGCAGGGGUUCCUGCCUGCUGACACCCCGAUGGAGAGCAUAGGAAAUGGCACAUUUUCUCCACCUCCACGCCGCCAAACUGGUCCUCCUCCAAAACCCAGGCGCUCCAAGAAAGCAGGGUUGGAUAAGCAGGAGAAGUAUAAAUCUCCUCCAGGACAGAAACAUAAAGACUUUGAAGCUGAGCUGCUGGCUCCUCGAAGUAUGGUGGCUGUCUUUGACUAUAACCCUAAGGAGAGCUCUCCAAAUGCAGAUGUUGAGGCUGAGCUGACUUUCAGCGCCGGGGACAUCAUCACUGUGUUUGGGUCCAUGGAUGAUGAUGGCUUCUACUACGGAGAGCUGAACCAACAGAGAGGACUGGUCCCAUCUAACUUCUUGGAAGCUGUAACUGCAGAUGGAGGCAAGGAACAUCAUGCAAAAGACAAAGAAGCUUUCCCCCUGAGUGCUGAGAGCCAGCUCACUCCAGAUGGGUCUGUCGUUCAAAGUGACUCCUCACCAACUCCUCCUACUCCACCACCUUCCUGCCUCGUGAUGGGUGAGGAGAGUCCAGAGCAGGCAUCGCUGGCUGUUCUCAGAAGCAGCUCUGGGCAGAGCAAAAGGAAGAGAGGCUUCUUCUCCAAGGGCAAAAAGCUCUUCAGAAAGCUUGGGGCCGCUAAGAAAACUUAACCAGGGACCAAUGGCUGUGUCCAGGCUGCCUGUGCAGUCCAUCCAGAGACUGAGAAGCGAGGAGAAGCCCUCUGCAAUAAGCUGAGCUGAGUGUUUUCCUAGGGACAAAGUGUCUGGUGACCAGAGAGAACUCUUGGGUGGCUCAGUGAGCUCUGGGCUCUGCUGAGAGCCCAGCCUCUGGUGCCCACCCGGUGUGGGCAGUGGCUCUGCAGACGACCUGCUGGUGCUGGGGUUGGGGGGGGGAUGUGCAUGGCCUCAGCUCUAGGAUGCAGCUACCUCCACAGUAGUGUGUCCUGCUCCCUGCAGCCCUCCAUGCACUGCUCCCUUGUAAAUAUCUCUUCCUUUCCAAACGCUGUCCUGGUUGUAAGUUAACUUUUCCCAGCAGAGCCCCCAGCACCCUUAGCAAGAGCCCUCUCCUACUACACCCCCUGGUACUUCUCUGCUCCAAAAGAGGUUGUCUCAACUCCUUCCCUUCCUGCAAAGAAAACUUGCACUUUCUUUUGGUUCUGUUCCCAUCAAUCCCUUUGUGGUUUGGUGUUUGGUUUUUUUUUUUAGCUUUGGGUUUCUGGGUUGGGGGUUUUUGUUUUUUGGUUGCUGUCUCUGGGCUGAUGAGUGAAGUUCUUUGUACUGUAAACCUGUAAAUAAGCAGCUGUGCCUAGGAGCAUCCCCCAGGGCCUCAGCCAGGUUUCAGCAGGAGGAAGGAGGUCAAAACUUCUGCCCCUUAGAGUGGGCUUUGCUGGAAGCUUGCUCUUGGCUGGGUUUUUUUCCCCUCCCCUCCCCUUUCCCCCAGGAGCUGGUUGGGGACUCUGCCUUAUCAAUCUUAUUUAUUUCUCUAUUUAUUUAUUUAUUGAUCUCCCUUCCCUCACCCAAUCUUAUUUAUUUCCUUCCUUAUUAUCUGCCUCUUUAUUCCCUUAUUUAUUAUCUGCCUCUCCACCAGUUUCAACGUGGCUGAGAUUGGGAUUUGGGCUGCUCCUGAGGCUAUGAGCUGGGGGUGGAUGCUGGAGAGUUCAAAGCUUCUUUUGAUGAUGAUGAUGUGUUCAGACACUUCCCUUUGCAAAGCCACAGAAAGGGUUUCUUUUUGUACUCCCUGAUUUUCUUAUCCUUUCCAAUGUUUCCUUUUCCUUCUGCAUGUGGGUUUCUUUUUUUUCCUCCCAGUGGGGUUCUUUGGGGUUUGGUUUUGUUGUUUGAGGCUGAGCUGUGAGGUAGGUGAGCGAUGGCAGCGCGCGGUGGCGGCAGAGUGUUGGUGACCUCUUUUUAUUUCAUAUCGAAUUUUAUUGAUAAUAAAAGUCUAUUUUCACACAAAAAAAA